AUGACAGUCAAAGUUCACUCGGGACUGCAACUGCAGGUGCUAGCACUGUAUAAGAAGAUGCUACAAGCAGCAAAGCGCAAGGACAUUGAUACGCUGCACUACGUCCGUCAGCGCUUCCGUGAGGACGUGAUUUCAGUAGACCACAAGGAUUUUACCGUGAUAGAGUAUAUGUUACGCAAAGGUGAACGCGAUCUCGAGAUGUUGGACAGGAUGAAGUCAGCACAUUUUGUAAAUGUGUCAUGGCAUCGAAUUAGAGGUGUCAUCGAUGAGUAA